CUGACGAUUACUGAACGCUAGGCAAAUUUUGCGUUAUACAUGUUGAUUUGGGAAUCACGGACCAUACUAUCGGCACCAACCGGUCUAGCUCGACCCUUUGCGGUGCAGACCCAGGCUCCCGGACGAGUGGAAGACCUCAAGAUCGCGCUAGAAGCCUCCUGUCUUUUCUAAUAGCUGUCAUCUCCCGAGGGCCCGGCGCGCCAGGUUCCCUGCUAGUAAUACCGCCGCAUGUCUGGUUUGGUAUCUCACUGGUAUAGCCGUCUCGCAUAUAUUGCCCCGUCCACCUGGCAGUCUCGUAUUGUUCAACCACCUUGGGCACGUGGAAGGUCUCAUAUUUCUUCCAGACAGUUCUUGCACAAGAACCCACACGGGAAGGCAGCUAGGUUCUCCACCAAGAUGGCUCCAAGAAACGUUCUCAUCUACCUAUUUCGCAAAGACCUACGCGUCUCAGACAAUCCGAUACUCCAUGGCCUCGCGACCCAAAAGGAUCACGGCUUCACUCACCUUCUCCCUGUCUACAUAUUCCCCGCAAAUCACAUCGAGAUCUCGGGCUUCAUUUCCGACCAGUCAGAGAAAAGCCCCUACCCAGAAGCCAGGAGCAAGGUUGCUGGUUACUGGAGAUGCGGGCCUUAUCGAGCCAAGUUCAUAUCCCAGGCAGUGUGGGAUGUGAAAAAUUCACUCGAGAGUAUAAACAGCGGGUUGCUGUUGCGUCUUGGCAGCUUUCAAGAUGUCCUCGAGGGCCUUCUCGACGGCCUCAAAGCACGAGGCGACACUUGCUCGGUUUGGAUGGUUGGGGAGGAGGGACUCGAAGAAAUACAAGACGAGAUUUCUAUAUCCAACGUGUGCAGGACGAGGGGCUACGACUUCGAGAAAUUGGUGGAUGAGAAGUACUUUAUCGACGAUCGCGACUUGAACUUCGCUGAGCCCCAAGAACUGCCGGGGAUUUUUACAGACUACCGCAAGUCGGUUGAGCCAUUAAGAGAGAGACCGAGAAAGUCGUUGCCAACCCCUGAGAAAGACUCACUCCCGCCAUUCCCUGAGCCCGAUACCAUCGCUGAGCAAUCACGGCCAUUUUCAAUCCCAGACACCUAUGAAGGUUUCGAGACGGCGCUUUUGAAGCCUGUCAAGGACUUUUCCGGCGCUCCUUUCCCCGAGCAUGCUGAGAACGCCACCACCGCUCACCCGUUCAAGGGAGGCGAGACGGCGGGACAGGAGCGUCUUCAAUACGUCAUGAGCUCGGGUAUAAUCAAGGACUACAAGACAUCUCGAAACGGUCUCAUCGGCCCCGACUUCAGUACAAAGCUCUCGGCCUAUCUUGCGCAAGGAUGCAUCACGGCGCGGCAGAUACAUGAAUCCUUACUCGCUUACGAGGACGGCAGCGCCGCUGAGCUUGAAGAGAUUGAAGGGUACGGGCAGGGCGAAAACAUCAACACCAAGUCGGUCAGGGAGGAAUUAAUGUGGAGGGACUACAUGCGGCUUUACGCCAGGAAGAUCAAAGAAAAGCUAUACUCGGUCGAAGGUCCCAGGGGCGGUCGGAAUUACGACUCCAGCAACAGCGGGGAAGUUGUCGACAGCGGCUCGCCGCCUAUUGCCAAGAAGGUUAUCUGGAAGACGCCGGAUCCGGCGACUGCUGACCCGCGACAGAUACCAGAGCCCGAAAAGAUCAAAGUAUGCCUGGAUCGGUUCCUGGCCGGGACGACGGGCCUCGGGUUGAUCGACGCCUCCAUGCGUGAGCUGAUGCAUACUGGCUACACGUCCAACCGGGCCCGGCAGAACGCAGCCAACUUCUUGGCCAAACAUCUAGGCAUCGACUGGCGUUGGGGAGCCGAGUGGUACGAGAUGCUGCUGGUGGACUAUGACGUGUGUUCGAACUGGGCGAACUGGCAGUACGUCGCUGGUGUCGGAAACGAUCCGCGCGGCGAGGCCAGAAUCUUCAACCCGGUCAAGCAAGCCUUCGACUACGAUAAAGAGGGCGCCUACGUCAAGAUGUGGGUACCUGAGCUGGCGCCCUUUGGCAACAAGCUCGAGCUCGUCUUCCAAGCCUGCAAGGCGACCCCGCAGGAGCGCGACGAGGCUGGGCUCUCGGACAACAUCAUGGUCACGGAUCCAGUCAAGCGUAUAUCGUUUAACCCCAACGGCAAGCCACCGAGCAAGAGGCCCUGGAAGAAGAAGGACUCUGGCUCAGGUAACACUGCUGGCGGCGGCGGAGGUUCUCCCAAAGAAGGCAGCCCCAGGACCGAGACGCACAGCGGCGGACAGGGCAAGGGCGACGGCGGCUCACAUCAAUCACGAGGCGGAAGGCCGCAGUGGCGCGGUGCUCAAGGGUACUCUCCGCAGAUGGGCAGGGCUCCACCAGGAAAUGGCCCCGGAUACCGAAGCUACCACCAUGGCGCUUACGGGGGGCCUGGACCACAAGGCGGUCGGGGCGGCUGGCAGAGGCGAGCUGGCGGGCCUGUCCGGGGUGGGGGGUUACAGAGCUUUGGCUACCGAAACCCAUACUACGCAGGUCGCGGCGGCUACCCGCAGCAGCCGUACGAGGGAGGUCCUCCCAACUACGUUCCCGUCCAGGGAGGUGGGCAGCAUGGUCCCAUGUCGCACUACGGACCGGGCGGUGGGGGCUCGACGCAGUCGCAGCAGGCGUGGACGCCGCCGAACCAACGGCAGCAGCCACAGCAGCAGCAGCAGCAGCAGCAGCAAUCCAACGCCUAGGAAGACGCCGGCGGCGCUGAGGGUUGGUGGCGAGCGCAGUCGGGGGAGUUUCAGCUCCGCAUGAUGCAGUAUCCCAAUUUUUAUGUACAGCCGCAGCACGAGCAGCAGCAGCAGCAGCAGCGUCCGCAUUAUCAGGGUGAAAUCACUCCGCCACAUCCACAUCCUCAGCAGCACUUUUACCAGCCGCCGGUCAUGUCGUCCUUUUCUCCAUCUGAGCAGCAUCAUCACCAAUAUCCAUGGGGCACGAUGAGCACUUCUGUUGACAACGGCAACAGCAGCAACAGCCAGAACAACAACACCAGCCAGGGCUAUGGCUUCGUCGGCCCCGCGAUCCACAUGAUGCCGGUCACCUACUAUGUAAUGUCCAAUGGAUAUGAAUCGUACUAUGUGCAAUAUCCCGUCAUGGAUGUCAUUCAUGACAACUAAAGCCAAAGUCGUUUUUUCCCCCUUCCCUUCCCUUCUUGGUAACGAGUUUAUUAGGUAUUUUUGGGUCAGAUAUCAUUCAUAUCUUUACUUUUUUAUGCCUUUUCUUGCUCAUACUUUUUUCUAGCUCUUCUCUUCUUGGACAUGUUAACAAGCUUUUUGGGAGCUGUGCUGAUAAUUAUUUCUCUUUUAUGAGGCAUUUGCAAAUGGAGGGGCGAGCACAUUCAUGGUCCUAUUUUCUUUCUCUUCUCUUUUGGUCCUGUUUGAUAACUUUUUGCCUUUAUUUGGAGUUUUGUUGUACUCUUUUCACUUUUUCUCAUAUGUAUAUCAAAAUAAAAGAAUUUUUCCUUUGCCACCUUUUUUUUUUAAAAUUAUUUUAUACUUUUUUUGUAUAGAAGAGGAUUACACCAAAGAACAUUGGAAAGCCUGUGAUAGUAUUUUUCAUGCCAUUGAAGGGCGAUCAUCAAAUCAGAAAUUUC